CCCAGUCACAACGCAGCGACUACACGGAGCAUGCGCGCUGACGACGGCAUCACUCAAGAUGGCGACGUUACGGAAGACUCGAUGCGGGGAUUCAGCUAUGGGAAUAUUCGCAGUUUUAAUGUCACUGCAGAUCUUUUCUGUGAGCUGUGUUCCACUAACAUCAGCAGAUGUAAAAGCUCCAUCCUCAUCUGUUGCGGCACAGGACGUUGUUAAGAAUAUAAAUGCAAACAUCACAGUAGCUCCUCAUAAGGAAGUGUUGAAUACCCAGAACAUCAGUAAUGGGAGCAAAUCGGGCAAUGUUUCGAUUGCGACGCCAGCUCCCGCUAUUGACACCGACAGCAGCACCAAAGCAGCAGUCUCUCCCACCGCUCCACCUACGACCACUGCCGCAGACCAGCACAAAACCACUCCAGAACAGACCACAUCUGCCAAACAUGGCCCACCAGACACUACCGCUGCACCUGCAAACACGCCAGCAGCCGUCUCCACCCCUGCAGGAGGCAAAGCAGAGAGCACCGUAGAUUACACGAGUGAAAGCACGUCUCCAGGACUGGCUCCAGGCUUGAAAGGCAACAUAGAUGAUGAGAAUGAUGAUGAUGAUGAUGAUGAUAAUGAUGAAUACUUGAGUGAAGCACCUCAACACAACCAGGGUAUGGGGAAAGACCACACUCCCCCUGAGAGCGCUGAAGAAAUACAUGUUCAAAUCAAGGACACAACCAUCUAUACAACCCAGGAUGAAGAUUCCCACUUCUUCUUUCAUCUGGUUGUCAUCGCCUUUCUAGUUGCCAUCGUGUACAUCACCUACCACAACAAGAGAAAGCUGAUGCUGCUGGCUCAGAGUCGCCGCUGGCGAGACGGCUUCUGCUCACGCGGGGUGGAGUAUCACCGGCUCGACCAGAACGUCAACGAGGCCAUGCCUUCGCUCAAGAUGACCAACGAUUACAUCUUUUGACCAUCUGAAGAAGAGGAAACGCAAACAGUUGAUUUUGUCUACACAUGGUGUCUUAUUUAAUCAAGGGGAGGAGGGAUUGUGCUUUAAUAGUCGUUCGUUUAUUUCGUGUGCAUUCUUUUCUGCUUGUGUGUUUUCUUUGGUGUCUAUGACAGCAGAUGUUUUGAAUGCUGCUGAUGUGUGUAAAGUUUUCAGACGGUUUUGUUCUUCAGCAGAAUGUAAUUUUUUUCGUGUCUGCUGGAUCAUUGUUGAAGAAAAACAAAUGAAGGUUUGUCCCUAUAGAUAUUUGAUUAAACCUGCUGUCUGUCACAUAGGCCAAGCACAAAAUACAGACGAUUAAUUUGCUCCCAUUACAGUGGUUUGUUGACGUUGGCCUCUGUGCUGUGAAGGUGUGUGUUAGAGCUGCACAAUUGAUUGUUAAAAGAUCACAAUCUCGAUUCAAACACUCAGACAAUCUUAUUCCUAAAUGACAGUGAUUCAUCUGUCUAUUAAACCUUUGACAAGUAUAAUCACAGCGAACAUUCAGAUCUGCGUUGGCAGAGAGAGCAGUUGUCAUGCAUAGCUGUGAAACAUUUUUUCAACCACACAAUAUCAUUAUUUCUGUGGAACAAAUGUUCAAAUUCUUACAGAAGUACUGGGAUACAAGUUUAUAGUUCAGAUAUAAACACUGAUGUCUACGGUAGCGAUCAAAACAGAGUAAAAAACCUUUUGGAAGUAACUGAUGCUUCAAAUAAAGAUUGUAUCAUUACAUUGUUACACCACUAGGUGGCGACAAGUGACUGUUAAAAAAAUGUAUUUGUCAUUGAAUCAUUCAUUUAAGAGAUUCGUUCAAAAACACUGAUACAUCCAGUAAUGAAACAAGUCUUUGAGUGAGUCAUUGAAUCAUUCAAGACGUGUUCAAAAAUGCUGAUUCACCCAGUAAUGAAACAAGUGAAGUCUUUGAGUGAGUCAUUGAAUCAUUCAUUUAAGACAUUUGUUCAAAAAUGCUGAUUCAUCAGGGAAUGAAACAAGUGAAGUCUUUGAGUGAGUCAUUGAAUCAUUCAAAACAUGUUCAAAAAUGCUGAUUCACCCAGUAAUGAAACAAGUCUUUGAGUGAGUCAUUGAAUCAUUCAUUUAAGACAUUUGUUCAAAAAUGCUGAUUCAUCAGGGAAUGAAACAAGUGAAGUCUUUGAGUGAGUCAUUGAAUCAUUCAAGAUGUGUUCAAAAAGGCUGAUUCACCCAGUAAUGAAACAAGUGAAGUCUUUGAGUGAGUCAUUGAAUCAUUCAUUUAAAACAUUUGUUCAAGAAUGCUGAUUCAUCCACUAAUGAAACACGUC